UACUUUACCGAUUUUGGAAAAAAAUUCAAAAGAUCUUUUUAUGUCUUUACAAACUGUUUGAUGUCAAGUAUGGAUCAGCUUGGUCAUCGAAUGAAGAGGAGUUCAUCCUAUUCGAAAUCCUUACAGGACUUUGAAGUGGUAAAGUGCACAAUCAACCAAGAUGGUUCUGUAGAUUUUAUUUUAUUUAAUCACAAAUCAGAUACUAAAUUGAAAAACAUAGCUUUAGUAAUUGAAAAUUUUACGAUGGAUGCCAAAGAGGCGGAAGAUGUCAAAAUGUAUCUAGCCAAAGUUGAUACUACUAGUUUGACUGACAAACCUGAGAAACCGAAUGGUAAAACAAGAAGAAAAAGAGAUAUAUUUGAAGUGGAUCUUAGUGGAGAUAUCAAAGAUCUUAUCAAUGAAAGGUGGGGACACCUGAUGGAAGAACAACAACAUUAUCCAUCAACCCAUCAGUCAGCCGAAGUUAUCUUUGAGGAUCAUUUUAACCAAAUUCCAAAAUUGUAUGACGCUGUAAAGAAAAACACACACAAAACCAAAACAACUCAUUUAAAGAAAAAAUCUUCUGGCCCAAAAAUAAGAACAGAUCCAAUAUUGGGCGCUGUUCAUUCUGUAUCCAAAAGAAACAUGAAGAUUUUGCAGAUCUCCACCCUGAAAAAAACCUCGACAUCAUCAAACAAGAAAUAUCCAAUUGAUUGGCGCAAACAUUUGACUGGGGAUAAAGGUCAAAUAGUUUCGGCCAAGAUGAACAUUCUUAACUACAUCAAGGAACUAGAAAAAUUCCGUGCGUCGCUAUUGAAGAAAAAUCUCAGGCUAUUGAGUUCUCAAGAUGGAGAUGCCUACAACAGAUCUGAUUUGAUCAAGUUUUUGGUGGAAUUGUAUAAACUUCAGAUGAUUUUUUCUCGAGUCCAUGAAGACCUCAACGAUAAAAUACGGUUGGGUUCAAAGUUUAAUCAACAGAAUGAAGACACAUAUAUUAAACAACUAGAAAGAAUUAAGUUCUUAGAAAAAACUAAUAAGUUUGAAUUGGAGAAUCGCCUUAAAGGAAUAAGAGACACCCAAGUAGAACACAACAUGAUAUUUUUAGAAAAAUUAAGAAAGCUUUUGGAAUUGGAUGCAUCUGUUGAAAUGGAGCACGAUGACAGAGACGAAGUGCACAAUAUUGCGAGGAUGAUUAAAGAAAACGCACAUUACAAGUGGCAGCAGGUGAAACUAACCAGAGAAAUUAUCUCUAUGGUAAAACUCAAACAGACUUAUAGGAAAGAGUUAAAAAAUUUAUGGGAUUUAGAAAGACACAUUUUGGAAAAUGAUGAUUUGCUAAUGAAGAAAGGAGAAAAGGAAACAGUUGUGUCUUUAGAAGAAGAAAAAAGUGAAGAAAUUGAAAAAUUCGAAUCAAAAGAAGAUAAUUCUUUGGAAACGUUUGAUAUACUUAAGAUGGCAAAACCAAUUACAUUAAAACCACUAGAAUUGAAUAACUUAAAACCAAAUUUAGACUGGGAAAAGAACAUAAAAAUUAAGAUGGACGAAUUUGUUAAAGACAUUGCAGAUAAAAGAAAAGCUUGGUGUGUACAAUGUGCAUCAACUUAUGAUGACUUCCGUCGAGUUUUCUACUCGCCUAAUUCAAAUUCUAAAUAUGAUGAGUAUGAGAUUUUAGAACGCUCCAACUUUAAAAUGGACCAAGAUGAGUCCCCAGAAGCAUCGUGUGGUACCAAUACGAACAUCGAUGAUACGUCUAACAUCAAGCAACCACAAGCUAUGGCGACCGCUAACGUAAUGUUGCAUAUUGACCAGAGCAAACACGCGCAUUCGCCGUACUACAAAAGCAAGCACUCUAUGCCAACUCUCCCUGUAUUCCCCAAUUUACCACCUUUGGGUGGUGCUGUACCACACAUAUCGGCACCAGGAAACCUUGGUGGUCAUGAUGCACCAGCAUAUCAUGGGGUUGGCAAUGUUCACCAACCUCAUCCCCUGUACUAUCCGUGCCAAUGGCCAAAGUCUAAUUACGGACAUUAUCACGGAGGGUAUCAUUCGUUUUUGUUUCCAAUGAAACCGUAUAAUCCUAAUGGAAAAGAUUGUAAUGGUAAUGACGAAACAAAUAAACGUGGUGGUCGUAAACCCAAGCAUCAUGACCAUGGAGACAUUGAUUCAAAUGAAGAUGCAUCUGAUAUAUCUGAUUCUGAGUUUGAGGAUAAUUCUGAAGAAGUUGGUGCACACAAUCCAUGGCAUAGCUCCACGACAACAACUACAACUACAACUAAGCGACCAAAAAAGACAAAGAGAACCAAAAAGCCUAAAACUACUACACUGAGGACUACACCCGCUACGUCACCCACAACUCCUCCAUGUACAGAACCUACUGCCUCUGAGACCACUACUACACAAGAGUGUGAUACAAGUACACUUUCAAAUUGGUCAAGCAGUACUCCUAUUAUUCACGAUCAUACGGUUGUACCAACUACAAAAUCUCCAUGCAGCGGAGGUACUGAUGGCACUGGUGGUACAUGUACAGAUCAACCAAGCACAGAUAGCUGCUCUGAUAGUACUGGACUGGUAGAUGGUUGCGGCCAUGGUAUUGGUCACGGGCAUUAUCCUCAUGAAUCUUGCCACCACCACCAUCAUCAUCACACGGGGACUUGUACUGAACCUUCAACUGUUUUCAGUUCUUCAUCAUCAACUGAAUUUACCACAAUGUGUGUGAAAACAAGUCCUACUCCUAUUCCAACAGAUUCUACUACAACCGAGACUACGACUACUACAUGGGAAUCAACAACUCCAGAAUGUGACACUUCACCAUCAACGCUACCUACAACUGAAUGUGUUACAGAAUCUACUACUGAUUGUGAAACUAAAAGUACUACAACAACUACUGAUUCAUGUGAUCUUUCUGAAGAGGAUAGUACCACACCACCUACAACUACGCCUACUACUACUUCCUCUACAACGACUACGACCGAAGCAUGUGAUGAAGAUAGUACUACACCUACUGAAACUACUCCAACCACUACUACUAUCAUAACAUCUACAACCGUAAAAACGACAGAGGCUUGUGAUGAAAAUAGUACCACACCAACUACAACUGCGUCUACAACUACAACUACGACUUUAAAAACGACAGAAGCAUGUGAUGAAGAUAGUACUACUCCUACCACAACAACUACGACGGUGAAAACGACAGAAGCAUGUGAUGAAGAUAGUACUACACCAACUACAACUACCACAACUUCUACAACAACUACAACUGUAAAAACGACAGAAGCUUGUGAUGACGAUAGCACCACCCCAACUACAACUUCAACCACAACAACCACAACCAUGAAUACGACAGAAGCAUGUGAUGAAGACAGUACCACACCAACUGCAACUACUCCUACCACAACCACUACGACUGUAAAAACGACAGAAACAUGUGAUGAAGAUAGUACCACACCAACUACCACUACUUCUACUUCUAUACCAACUACAAAUACUUCUACGACAACAACUACAACCGUAAAAACGACAGAAGCAUGUGAUGAAGAUAGUACCACACCAACUGAAACUUCUCCUACAACAACCACUACGACUGUAAAAACGACAGAAGCGUGUGAUGAAGAUAGUACCACACCAACUACCACUACUUCUACGACAACGACUACAACCAUAAAAACAACCGAAGCUUGUGAUGAAGAUAGUACCACCCCAACUACUCCUACCACUACUUCUACGACAACAACUACAACCGCAAAAACGACAGAAGCUUGUGAUGACGAUAGUACCACGCCAACUGGAACUACUCCUACCACUACUUCUACGACAACAACUACAACUCUAAAAACGACAGAAGCAUGUGAUGAAGAUAGUACUACCCCAACUACUCGUACCACUACUUCUACGACAACAACUACAACCGUAAAAACGACCGAAGCAUGUGAUGAAGAUAGUACCACACCAACUGAAACUACUCCUACAACAACUACUGCGACUGUAAAAACGACAGAAGCGUGUGAUGAAGAUAGUACCACACCAACUACCACUACUUCUACGACAACGACUACAACCAUAAAAACAACCGAAGCUUGUGAUGAAGAUAGUACCACCCCAACUACUCCUACCACUACUUCUACGACAACAACUACAACCGCAAAAACGACAGAAGCUUGUGAUGACGAUAGUACCACGCCAACUGGAACUACUCCUACCACUACUUCUACGACAACAACUACAACUCUAAAAACGACAGAAGCAUGUGAUGAAGAUAGUACCACACCAACUGAAACUACUCCUACCACAACCACUACAACUGUAAAAACGACCGAAGCGUGUGAUGAAGAUAGUACCACCCCAACUACUCCUAACACAACCACUACGACUGUAAAAACGACAGAAGCGUGUGAUGAAGAUAGUACCACGCCAACUGGAACUACUCCUACCACUACUUCUACGACAACAACUACAACCGCAAAAACGACAGAAGCUUGUGAUGACGAUAGUACCACGCCAACUGGAACUACUCCUACCACUACUUCUACGACAACAACUACAACUCUAAAAACGACAGAAGCAUGUGAUGAAGAUAGUACCACACCAACUGAAACUACUCCUACCACAACCACUACGACUGUAAAAACGACAGAAGCGUGUGAUGAAGAUAGUACCACGCCAACUGGAACUACUACCACUACUUCUACGACAACAACUACAACCGCAAAAACGACAGAAGCUUGUGAUGACGAUAGUACCACGCAAACUGAACCUACUCCUACCACUACUUCUACGACAACAACUACAACCCUAAAACCGACAGAAGCAUGUGAUGAAGAUAGUACCACACCAACUACAACUACGCCUACCACAACAACUACCACCGUAAAACGACAGAAGCUUGUGAUGAAGAUAGUACCACACAAACUACAACUACGUCUACCACUAUGUCCUCAACUACUACAACAGAAGUUUGUGUAGAAUCUACAACAUCUGAUGAUUUUGUUUCAUGUGAGGACGUUUCUGAACUCACAAAUGCUCCUGUCAUAGGAGGGAGUGA